AUGGUUGCCUUCACUAUUGAACAAAUCCGUGAGUUGAUGGACAAAGUUACCAAUGUUCGUAACAUGUCUGUCAUUGCUCACGUCGAUCACGGUAAAUCCACUUUAACUGAUUCUUUAGUUCAAAAAGCUGGUAUUAUUUCUGCUGGUAAAGCUGGUGAAGCUAGAUUUAUGGAUACUAGAAAAGAUGAACAAGAAAGAGGUAUUACUAUUAAAUCUACUGCCAUUUCAUUAUAUGCUUCAAUGACUGAUGAUGAUGUUAAAGAUAUUAAACAAAAAACUGAUGGUAACUCAUUUUUAAUUAAUUUAAUUGAUUCACCAGGUCACGUUGAUUUCUCUUCAGAAGUUACUGCUGCUUUAAGAGUUACUGAUGGUGCUUUAGUUGUUGUUGAUACCGUUGAAGGUGUUUGUGUUCAAACUGAAACCGUUUUAAGACAAGCUUUAGGUGAAAGAAUUAAACCAGUUGUUAUUAUUAAUAAAGUUGAUAGAGCUUUAUUAGAAUUACAAGUUACUAAAGAAGAUUUAUACCAAUCAUUUGCAAGAACUGUUGAAUCUGUUAAUGUUAUUAUUUCAACUUAUGUUGAUCCAGUCUUAGGUGAUUGUCAAGUUUUCCCAGAUAAAGGAACUGUUGCUUUUGGUUCAGGUUUACAUGGUUGGGCUUUUACUGUUAGACAAUUUGCUAACAGAUAUGCUAAAAAAUUCGGUGUUGAUAAAACUAAAAUGAUGGAAAGAUUAUGGGGAGAUUCAUUCUUUAAUCCAAAAACUAAAAAAUGGACUAACAAAGAUAAAGAUGCUGAUGGAAAACCAUUAGAAAGAGCUUUCAAUAUGUUUGUUUUAGAUCCAAUUUUCAGAUUAUUUGCAGCUAUUAUGAAUUUCAAAAAAGAUGAAAUUCCAACUUUAUUAGAAAAAUUAGAUAUUACUUUAAAAUCUGAUGAAAAAGAAUUAGAAGGUAAAGCUUUAUUAAAAGUUGUUAUGAGAAAAUUCUUACCAGCUGCUGAUGCUUUAUUAGAAAUGAUUGUUUUACAUUUACCAUCCCCAGUUACUGCUCAAAACUAUAGAGCUGAAACUUUAUAUGAAGGUCCAUCAGAUGAUGCUUUCUGUAAUGCUAUCAGAAAUUGUGAUCCAAAGGCUGAUUUAAUGUUGUAUGUAUCUAAGAUGGUUCCAACAUCUGAUAAAGGUAGAUUCUAUGCUUUUGGUAGAGUUUUCGCUGGUACUGUUAAAUCUGGUCAAAAAGUUAGAAUUCAAGGUCCAAACUAUCAAGUUGGUAAAAAAGAAGAUUUAUUUUUAAAAUCAAUUCAAAGAACUGUUUUAAUGAUGGGUAGAAAUGUUGAACAAAUUGAUGAUUGUCCAGCUGGUAACAUUGUUGGUUUAGUUGGUAUUGAUCAAUUUUUAUUAAAAUCAGGUACUAUUACUACCAAUGAAGCUGCUCACAAUUUGAAAGUUAUGAAAUUCUCAGUCUCACCAGUUGUCCAAGUCGCUGUUGAAGUUAAAAAUGCUAAUGAUUUACCAAAAUUAGUUGAAGGUUUAAAAAGAUUAUCAAAAUCAGAUCCAUGUGUCUUAACCUCAAUGUCUGAAUCAGGUGAACAUAUUGUUGCUGCUACUGGUGAAUUACAUUUAGAAAUUUGUUUAUCAGAUUUAGAAAAUGAUCAUGCUGGUGUUCCAAUUAGAGUUUCACCACCAGUUGUUGCUUAUAGAGAAACUGUUGAAGGUGAAUCAUCGAUGGUUGCCUUAUCUAAAUCACCAAAUAAACAUAACAGAAUUUAUGUUAAAGCUCAACCAAUUGAUGAAGAAGUUUCAUUAGAUAUUGAAAAUGGUGUCAUUAACCCAAGAGAUGAUUUCAAAGCUAGAGCAAGAAUCUUAGCAGAUAAACACGGUUGGGAUGUUACUGAUGCAAGAAAAAUUUGGUGUUUCGGUCCAGAUGGUAACGGUCCAAAUUUAGUUGUUGAUCAAACUAAAGCUGUCCAAUACUUGAAUGAAAUUAAAGAUUCAGUUGUUGCUGCUUUCCAAUGGGCUACUAAAGAAGGUCCAAUCUUUGGUGAAAACUGUAGAUCAGUUAGAGUUAAUAUUUUAGAUGUUACUUUACAUGCUGAUGCUAUCCACAGAGGUGGUGGUCAAAUUAUCCCAACUAUGAGAAGAGUUACUUAUGCUUCAAUGUUAUUAGCUGAACCAGCAAUUCAAGAACCAGUUUUCUUAGUUGAAAUUCAAUGUCCAGAAAAUGCUAUCGGUGGUAUCUAUUCAGUCUUGAACAAAAAAAGAGGUCAAGUUAUCUCAGAAGAACAAAGACCAGGUACUCCAUUAUUCACUGUCAAAGCUUACUUACCUGUUAAUGAAUCAUUUGGUUUCACUGGUGAAUUAAGACAAGCUACCGGUGGUCAAGCUUUCCCACAAUUAAUUUUUGAUCAUUGGUCAAUUUUAAGUGGUGAUGUUAAAGAUCCAUCUUCAAAACCAGGUUUAAUUGUUAAAGAAAAAAGACAAAGACAAGGUCUUAAAGAAGAAGUUCCAGAUUAUACUGAAUAUUAUGAUAAAUUAUAG